AGGAGGAUGAGGGAUUGUGAGGGUUUUUCUUUUUUUUCCCCUGAAGAAAAAUAUCAAUAAACUAACUCUGUUGACAGUGUAAAGCAGUGCUUCUAUCUGGGGUCAAGGCCAGAGCAAUGGACACCUUAUCCCACUCAUCCUCUUCCUCUGAUAAAGCCCCAGCCAGUACUGAAAAGUCUUCUUCACAAGAGCCUAGAGGCCUUUUUAAAAAGUGUUUGAAAAAGAAGCGGACAAAGGAAGACUGAAAUUAAGAGAAUUUUCCAGUCUGUCUCUGGUGGCUGGUCCAAAAGGAUGCUUCAAUUCCUGCUCUUCGCCUGCCUUUUCACCACAGUAACACUGGGGUCACCAACGGCCCUAGAUCCUUGUUCUGCUUACAUCAGUCUGAAUGAGCCGUGGAGGAACACUGACCACCAAUUUGAUGAGUCUCAAGGUUCCCCUCUGUGUGACAACAAUGUGGAUGGGGAGUGGUACCGCUUCACAGGCAUGGCAGGGGAUGCCAUGCCCACCUUCUGCAUACCAGAAAACCACUGCGGAACCCAUGCACCUGUCUGGCUCAAUGGCAGCCACCCUCUGGAAGGUGAUGGCAUUGUGCAACGCCAGGCCUGUGCGAGCUUCAAUGGGAACUGCUGCCUCUGGAACACCACGGUGGAGGUCAAGGCUUGCCCUGGAGGCUACUAUGUGUAUCGUCUGGCCAAGCCCAGCGUCUGCUUUCACGUCUACUGUGGUCAUUUUUAUGACAUCUGUGAUGAGGACUGCCACGGCAGCUGCCUGGAUACCAGUGGGUGCACGUGCUCUCCAGGAACCGUGCUAGGCCCCGACAGACAGACAUGCUUUGAUGAAAAUGAAUGUGAAAAAAACAAUGGUGGCUGCAGUGAGAUCUGUGUAAACCUCAAAAAUUCAUAUCGCUGUGAGUGUGAGGUUGGCCGUGUGCUAAGAAGUGAUGGCAAGACAUGUGAAGACAUUGAAGGAUGCCACAAUAACAAUGGCGGCUGCAGCCAUUCUUGCCUUAUGUCUGAGAAGGGCUAUCAGUGUGAAUGUCCCCGGGGCUUGGUGCUGUCUGAGGAUAACCACACUUGCCAAGUCCCCGUGUUCUGCAAAUCGAACACCAUUGAAGUGAGCAUCCCCAGGGACCUGGUCGGCGGUCUGGAGCUCUUCCUAACCAACACCUCCUGCCGAGGCGUGUCCAAUGGCACCCACGUCAACAUCCUCUUCUCCCUCAAGACAUGUGGCACAGUGGUCGAGGUGGUGAACGACAAAAUCGUGGCUAGCAACCUUGUGACAGGUCUACCCAAGCAGACCCCAGGGAGCAGCGGGGACAUCAUCAUCCGAACCAGCAAACUGCUGAUCCCUGUGACGUGUGAGUUCCCGCGCCUGUACACCAUUUCCGAAGGCUACGUCCCCAACCUUCGCAACACCCCACUGGAAAUCAUGAGCCGCAGUCACGGAAUAUUCCCUUUCACUCUGGAGAUAUUCAAGGACCAUGAGUUCGAAGAGCCCUACCGGGAAGCUCUGCCCACCCUCAAGCUGCGAGACUCCCUCUACUUUGGCAUUGAGCCCCUGGUGCACGUGAAUGGCUUAGAGAGCCUGGUGGAGAGCUGCUUUGCCACCCCUACGUCCAAGAUCGACGAGAUCCUGAAAUACUACCUCAUCCGGGAUGGCUGUGUUUCAGAUGACUCAGUAAAGCAGUACACAUCACGGGAUCACCUCGCAAAGCACUUCCAGGUCCCUGUCUUCAAGUUUGUGGGCAAAGACCACAAGGAAGUGUUCCUGCACUGCCGGGUCCUUGUCUGCGGGAUGCUGGAUGAGCGUUCCCGCUGUGCCCAGGGCUGCCACCGGCGAAUGCGUCGUGAGGCAGUAGGAGGAGAGAAUGACAGUGGUCCAGAGAGCCAGAUGUUGACAGGCGGCCCCAUCAGCAUCGACUGGGAGGACUAGGACAACCCACCACCCGAGUCCUACUUCUGGCUGCCUAUCUCCUUGGAAUUCUCCCCUCGCCCUCUGAGAACAUCAGCCGACACCCUAGAGCACAGCGCUGCUUUAAACCUUAUACUGUGGGUUUAGACAAACUCCCAGAACGGACUCACUCUGACUCUAGCCCACUGUGUCGGGAAAGAUCACCUCACUGAUGACCAACCUGUCCCAGGUGGGGCUUCAUCUUCCUAAUGUGGAAAGCUGCGCUGUGCACCAAGAAAGCAGCUGACCCCAUGGCCCCCAUUUCUUUCCUGCAAUAAAACACCUAGUGUUGGAUGCAGUAGCCUGACUAAAAUCAGAAGUUGGGUAUAGUAUUUCAAAUUAGGAACUUAAAAAAAUUAAAUAGUUGCUUGAAAUUAUGACUUAAAUACCCACUGACUCCUUAAAUAUGUAAACAAUAAUUAUACCCUGAAAUUUCCAUUCAAAGACAGAGUAGUUAUAGGGGAUUUGGAAGUUUAUCACUGUAAGUGUGUACUAAAAAAAUACUAUUUGGAUUUUCUCCUGAACAAUAUUUUCCUCUGAGGUUUUUAUGCUGUCCUAAAUAAACUAUUUUCAAUUAAUAAAUGUUAAUAAAUUCACUAACUUGCA